AGCACAUUUUUGAGAAGCACAUCGUCAAUGAUUACAGCGCUGUUGCAGCAACAUUUGACAUUUGUUUUACGUCUCAUCUUGUCAACUAGAGAACAGCCGUCCGAACUUGGGUUACUGGGUCUUUUUUUAGUCCGGGAGUGUGGUGGACAUUGUGACUCUGGUUUGUAAACCGGGUAACUAGGGGGGUCGCUCUUUCUUUUUGUGUGUGUGUCUGAGCUGGGAUCAACGUCGCAGCCCGGUUGCAGGUUGUAGCUAGCAGCGUUGAGUGCUGGAGGUUUAUUUGCAGCCCCGGUGUUUACUCAAGAGAGUGGCCGCCUUGUGAAGACUGGUUUCUGGGAACGACGCACUGCAAUGGACCGCAGAUCUGCCACAGUGGAGCACUAUAAGACAGCCAUGUUGCUGAGUGGUGCUGGUGAUGCUCUGGGCUACAGGAACCAGCUGUGGGAGUACAAUGAGUCUGGACCUGCUAUUCACCAGGAGUUGCAGGAACUUGGUGGCCUGAAGAACAUAAAGGCUGAGCUUCCCGAUUGGCCAGUAAGCGAUGACACAGUUCUACAUUUGGCAACAGCUGAAGGACUGGCAACUGGCAAGGUGGGGGAGGAUCUCCUUCAUGAGGUGGCUACUCGUUAUGUGGAGGGAAUGAAGGACAUGGAGGGGAGGAAACCAGGGCCUUCAAGCAUUUUGGGCAUUUCCCAACUUAAGCCUGGGAAGGAAGGGGGCUACAGAGUGCCAUAUAACCCUGAGGGCACAGGCUGUGGAGCAGCCAUGAGAUCCAUGUGCAUUGGCCUUAGGUAUCCAAAGCCUGACCAGGUGUUGUCACUGGUGGGUGCAGCUGUGGAGACAGGCAGGAUGACCCAUCCACACCCCACUGGUUUCCUGGGAGCUGUGGCAUCGGCCCUUUUCACCUCGUACGCCGUGCAGCGGAGGCCAAUCACCACUUGGGGUUUGGGCCUGAUCAAUGAGGCUUGCCCAAUAGCAAAGAUGUUUGUUCAGGGUCGAGGCUACGCUGUGGAAGAGACGGAGAGAGACUGGGACUACUUCUGUGAUAAGUGGCAGUGGUACCUGGAUAUGAGGGGUAUCUCCAAUGGAGUGGGACCUGCGAUUUGGCCCCCUGCCUAUGGCCCAGCUGAGAGAGAUGAGGCCUACAAGAGCUUCAGUCUGUCUGGAUGGGCAGGACGGAGCGGCCAUGACGCUCCAAUGAUAGCGUUGGAUGCUUUGCUGGGGGCAGGCUCAGACUGGGAGGAACUGAUGAGCCGAGCAGGCUUUCAUGGAGGUGACAGUGACAGCACUGCUGUGAUUGCCUGCUGCUGCUGGGGUCUCCUCCAUGGCACCACAGGGGUCCCUGAGGGCAACUACUGCAAUCUGGAGUACCGUAACCGACUGGAGCGCUGCGCCGAGCAGCUCUACGAGCUGUCACAUUGACAAAAGCAGUGACAAACCUGCAGCCCGGACUGAGAGUGCUCCAAUAUGCUGUGGUGAACAGAAACUAGGCCACACUGACCUACUGAUAUAGAACUAGCAAGCAUGCUCAGUAGUACAUUGAUCUAGAGAGCUGUCACUGAGCCACAAAAUGUGUUGUCAUUCUUGCCUGAAGGAGAAACAUUGUCCCACUAACCCAAAGAGUCAUUUCUGCCACAACAAGGACAGCGCGCCUCGUGAUGGUGGCAGUCAGGCUGGUGUGUAGAGGGGUCCCCCUAGUGAAUGUUUUAAACCAGCGAGCAGAACGAAUCCAAGCUAAUGACAGUGUGAAAGAUACAAAAUGUCCCUGAGGAGGUAAUUACUUCAUUUUGUCAACCUGAGAUAAUAGCAAAUGUUCAGUGAGUUUUAAAUUGACUGCUCUUGCAGUAGACUAAUGAAAAGGACAUUUGUCUCAUUAUCAGCUGUUCUGUUACUUCCCACAGAGCAGGAAUACUUACUGCUAUUCUCCAGACAAGCACAAUUAAUGAUACAAUAAAUCUAAAGAACAAAA